UGGACUGAAAAGAUUUCUGAGGACCGAGCCCCUUUCUGCUGUGAGACAAACACACUGACAGGGACGUUUUGGUGACGGGGAACUGGCUCUUACUCUCUCAAAAAGAAGCACAGCCGGCCGCUGCAGAUCCUGGACAAUCCAUUAAAGGUGACACGACUUGUCCCGUCUGUUUGGAUUUGUUUCAAGACCCUGUGUCUAGUGACCGUGGACACAGCCUCUGCCAAGACUGUAUCGCUCAGCGCUGCAAGGGAGAGAACGACAUCGCCUGCCCUCAGUGCAAAACGAGGUUCCAAGGAAAACAUUGAAGGUCAAACAGGGAACUUAGGAAUACUGUGGAAUCCGUACCCCAAUUAUUAAAAAUGAAAGAAAAACCUGGCAGAGGAAUCCAGUGUGAGAAACAUGGAGAUCGUUUGAAACUCUACUGCAAAGAGGAUGAAAUUCUCCUCUGCGUGGUGUGUGAAAAAUCUCAGGUUCAUCGAGGCCACACUGUGGUGCCCAGGGAGGAGGCUGCCCAGGAGUACAGGGAAAAAAUAGCAGAACUCACGGACCAACUUCAGUCUGCCACUGAGAAACUGCACCUGCUGGAGGGCAAGGAGGGGAAGCACCUUCCAGAGAGGGCACGAGACACGGACCAUAAGAAGCUGAAGAGACCAACUGCAAAGACUCAGUCACCUGGAUAUGAACGGAGAAGCUUCUCCCUUGAAAGGAAAAUUGCCACGGAGACAGAGUUACAGGGACAUAAAGAGAAAAAAAACAACAGAAAGCGAGUGUCCAAGAAACAGGAGACUAAAAGUCAUGUCAUUCAUACCAGGCAGUCGUCCCUGGACCCAACAAUUCACCGAAUCGGAAUUACCACAGAGGAUGCUGAGCACAUUAAGGUAGACAAUGACAAUGUAGUGUAAACAGCACACUCCCCCAGUGUCUGAGAAAGGUCGCAGUCCUUUUGCUUUUCAGAAUAACUUCUGCGAAGAAACUGACAAAGGGACUUAGCACACCCGAAACAGACUGACUGGAUAGAAAGUUUAUAAACAAAGAUGUUGAAACUACAAAAAGAGUUACCAAAAUUUGGAGAGUGAGCUAGAGGAUGGACAGAGGUCCAGGGCAGGAGGAGGCAAAUUCUGAGGCAGUAAUUGGGGUAGGUACGGAAGAAUUAUAUCUCAUAAAUGUUCAGACUACUGUGUGGAAGGCCACUGGCAGGGCCGGAUUAACUCUUCUGGGGACCCGGGGCUAUUAGAUUUU